AUGCUCUUUUUUUCUAGGAGCACUGUGAACACCUUUGGUUCAUGGAAGCUAGGCGUUAACUUGCCUGCCUCCCCAGAUCAUGGUGACUUGCACUUAAUGGUAAUUGAUCAGAACAGGAUUGACAUCGGUAUUCUCUGCAGCCUUUCAAUGGAUCCUGUCCGACCACCCUUCAGGGGCACUUCUGUGCACCCAUCUCACUCUGUACGGAUGCCAGGCCCUUGGCUGCAAGCUCCCAAACCUUUGGACUCAGCUCUGGGCAGGGCAGGACCUGCAGGCAGAGGCCAUGUGUUUGGAAAGCCAGGGGAACCAAGCCCACGGAGUGGGCCAGCGCAAAGGGAAUCUGUAGGUUUGGUCUCUAUGUUCCGAGGACUGGGCCUUGAGACAGUGUCCUGGACCCCUCUGAAACGGGAAAUACCUCCUUUAGGUAGAGGCAUUUUAGGUCGAGGUUUGUCUACCAGUAUGGUGCGCAAGGACAAAGAAGAACCCCAUCCCACUUUUCCGGAUCGUUCUGUGUUGGCAGCUGGGGGUAGCAAGAUAGCAGAGGCCUGCGUUGGUUGGAAUAGAAUGCUUGGAAGAGGGAAUUCGGAUACAUCUUUCUUACCUUUGGGAAGAACAGCUGGUGGUAUAGGCAGAGGAGUAUACAAGGCUCCUGGUGUUCUCGGCCUGACUUCUCGGGAUCCUACCCCGCUGUCCUCACCACCACAUCUGCCCCCAUCCUCACCACACCCUCUGGAUCACUCUCUACUUGGAACUGUAGAACACAAGGAAAAAGAGCCUUUUGUGAAGCAAGGCUCAAAAGGAACACCACAAUCUUUGGGAUUGAACCUUAUCAAAAUACAGUGUCAUAAUGAAGCAGUUUAUCAAUAUCAUGUGACUUUCAGCCCCAAUGUGGAGUGCAAAAGCAUGAGGUUUGGCAUGUUGAAGGACCAUCAAGCUGUCACCGGAAAUGUUACUGCUUUCGAUGGGUCCAUUCUCUAUCUGCCUAUUAAACUUCAACAAGUUCUUGAGCUAAAAAGUCAAAGGAAAACUGAUGGCGCAGAUAUCAACAUUAAGAUUCAGUUGACAAAGAUUUUGGAGCCCUGUUCCGACUUGUGCAUUCCCUUCUACAAUGUUGUUUUCCGUCGGGUAAUGAAACUUUUAGAUAUGAAGCUUGUGGGGAGAAACUUUUAUGACCCUACAAGUGCUAUGGUACUACAGCAACACAGGUUGCAGAUCUGGCCAGGCUAUGCAGCUAGCAUCCGAAGGACAGAUGGAGGUCUUUUUCUCCUAGCUGAUGUCUCCCAUAAGGUCAUUCGGAAUGAUUCAGUACUGGAUGUCAUGCAUGCCAUGUAUCAGCAGAACAAAGAAAACUUCCAGAAUGAGUGCACUAAGCUUCUGGUUGGCAAUAUUGUUAUAACCCGAUACAACAAUCGUACCUAUCGUAUUGAUGACGUGGAUUGGAAUAAGACACCAAAAGAUAGCUUCACAAUGUCUGACGGGAAGGAGAUCACAUUCUUGGAAUACUACAGCAAAAACUAUGGGAUCACAAUUAAGGAAGAGGACCAGCCACUGCUGAUCCACAGGCCCAGUGAGAGACAGAAUAACCAAGGGAUGCUGCUAAAAGGUGAAAUCCUGCUGCUGCCUGAGCUUUCAUUCAUGACUGGAAUCCCUGAGAAGAUGAAGAAGGACUUCAGAGCCAUGAAGGAUUUGACCCAGCAGAUCAACCUGAGCCCCAAACAACACCAUAAUGCUCUGGAAUGCUUGCUGCAGAGAAUUUCAAAAAAUGAAACAGCCAGCAAUGAAUUGACACGCUGGGGACUCUGCCUUCAGAAGGAUGUACAUAAGAUUGAAGGACGUGUUCUCCCAAUGGAAAGAAUUAACUUAAGAAAUACUUCGUUUAUCACAUCUCAGGAACUAAACUGGAUUAAGGAAGUAACCAGGGACCUUUCCAUCUUGACUGUCCCCAUGCAUUUCUGGGCACUGUUUUACCCAAAGAGAGCAAUGGAUCAGGCCCGAGAACUGGUUAACAUGUUGGAGAAGAUAGCUGGCCCCAUUGGUAUGCGCAUGAGCCCACCAGCCUGGGUUGAACUAAAGGAUGAUCGAAUAGAAACCUAUGUCAGAACCAUUCAAUCCAUGCUAGGAGUUGAGGGGAAGAUACAGAUGGUUGUUUGCAUCAUUAUGGGCACACGUGACGAUCUCUAUGGGGCCAUUAAAAAGCUGUGCUGUGUGCAGGCUCCUGUGCCCUCACAGGUCAUCAAUGUCCGAACCAUUGGUCAGCCAACCAGGCUUCGGAGUGUGGCGCAGAAAAUUUUACUUCAGAUUAAUUGUAAAUUGGGUGGUGAGCUCUGGGGAGUGGAUAUUCCUCUGAAACAAUUAAUGGUGAUUGGGAUGGAUGUUUACCAUGAUCCUAGCCGAGGCAUGCGAUCUGUGGUUGGCUUCGUUGCAAGCAUCAAUCUCACUCUCACAAAAUGGUAUUCACGAGUGGUAUUCCAGAUGCCUCAUCAGGAGAUUGUGGAUAGCCUGAAGCUGUGCCUGGUGGGCUCCUUAAAAAAGUUUUAUGAGGUGAAUCACUGUCUCCCGGAGAAGAUCGUGGUGUACCGUGAUGGAGUGUCUGAUGGCCAACUAAAGACGGUUGCCAACUACGAGAUUCCUCAGCUACAGAAGUGUUUUGAAGCUUUUGAGAAUUAUCAGCCCAAGAUGGUAGUAUUUGUAGUUCAGAAGAAAAUCAGCACUAAUCUGUACCUGGCUGCUACUGAGCACUUUGUGACUCCCUCCCCUGGGACUGUGGUAGAUCAUACCAUAACAAGCUGUGAGUGGGUAGACUUCUACCUUCUUGCUCAUCACGUACGGCAGGGUUGUGGCAUUCCUACCCACUACAUCUGUGUUCUCAACACUGCAAACCUAAGCCCUGAUCACAUGCAGAGGUUGACUUUCAAACUGUGCCACAUGUACUGGAACUGGCCUGGCACCAUCAGAGUUCCAGCUCCUUGCAAGUAUGCCCACAAGCUCGCUUUCCUGUCAGGACAAAUCUUGCAUCACGAACCAGCCAUCCAGCUAUGCGAGAACCUGUUCUUCCUGUGA